AUGACUAAAACUCAUAAAGCCGUUGUUCUCCAGCGUAAAGGAGAAAUCAAGAUUGAAGAUAGACCAAUUCCCGAAAUUGAGGAUCCGCAUUAUGUGAAAUUGCAAAUCAAAAAGACCGGAAUCUGUGGGUCUGACAUUCACUACUAUCUCACAGGAGCAAUUGGUGAUUUUGUUCUCGAGCAACCCAUGGUUCUUGGCCAUGAGUCAAGUGGUAUCGUUGUUGAAGUUGGCGAGAAGGUUACUAGAGUCAAAGUGGGCGAUAGAGUUGCCAUUGAACCCGGUGUGCCAAGCAGAUACUCGGAUGCCACCAAAGCAGGCCGCUACAAUCUGUGUCCCAAGAUGGCUUUCGCUGCGACGCCUCCUUACGACGGCACCUUGGUCAAGUACUACUUGGCGCCAGAGGAUUUUGUAGUCAAACUCCCAGAUCACGUAUCCCUGGAAGAAGGCGCUCUCGUAGAACCGCUGUCUGUCGGAGUGCACGCUAAUAAGCUUGCGAAAGUCGCAUAUAACCAAAAGGUUGUAGUAUUUGGAGCCGGUCCCGUCGGUUUACUUACGGGUUCCGUUGCUAAAGCCUUCGGAGCUUUCAAGGUUGUGUAUGUUGACAUCUCACCUGAAAAGCUGAAGCUGUCUUCGAGCUUUGGCGGAACCGGUGUCGUCAAUUCCUCUGAAGCCAAGAGCGACGAUCAAUUGGUAGCCGAAAUUGAGAAAGCGCUCGAGGGUGACCAGCCAGAAGUAGUCUUUGACUGCUCUGGUGCCGAAAUUUGCAUCAGAUCAGGUAUAAAGGUUUGCAAAUCCGGUGGAACUUAUGUUCAAGUUGGUACCGGCAAAGAAGACGUCAACUUCCCUAUUGCGGCCAUUGGGCCUAAAGAAUUGAAGGUGCUGGGUUGCUUUAGAUACGCUUUUGGUGACUACCGCGACGCGGUCCACUUGAUCUCAUGUGGUGACGUUGAUGUCAAGCCAUUGGUGACACAUCGUUUCAAGUUUAGCGAAGCUGUGGAUGCUUAUAAUUUCAACGCAAAGUCUGGUGCUAAUGCUAUCAAGACCAUCAUCGACGGCCCAGAGUAG